AUGCUUCGCUUCAAACUGGAACCACACUUCUCAUCAUCGUGGACUCAACGCUUGGUAGACAAAUUCCGUUUCAGGCAAGGCACUUAUCACAUUCCCGUCCUGGGAGCUGAUGAAAGGAAGACGUUCCUUUUAGAUACACCAGUACCAGAAGAUGCAGGUUUUCCAGUGCCCCUCAAGCCCCAGAAGCUAGGAUGUCAACAGAACUUGGAGUCUAGACUAUUACAACUCCCACCUGAGCUGUUGAUCUAUGCCAUGCUCUUUCUACCGCAUAGCUCCCUCUAUAUGGUCCGCCAAACCUGCCAGGUCCUGCGUAACCUGACCGACGACUUUCAGUUCCAAGAUUUCCACUGGGAAAUUCUGCAGCAUGAGGAGCAGGCUUGCCACAUUACCAUACCUGUAUGCGACCAGCUACGGAACAUUAAGCGGAUCUUCCUACGAAGAUCCUUAUGCAAACCAUGUGGCAAGCUCUUGGACUCCGGCGAAUUGGAAGAAAGACUGAGGAAACUCUGGCAACCCGUCCACUGCACUGGAUGCCAAGCCAAACACCCAGAACUUCUUUUCCCCCAGGGCGGCAGAGCGCACAAUACCUGCGUGGGACUACUAGGUCAAUUUGCCCUUUGCAAACAUGUCAAAGUCUCGGGCAAGGUUGAGGCGCAUGACGGAGAGGAAGUUGACCUUCGUUGCUCAGACCCGGAGCACUUUCCCGUGGACAGCAUGGACUCUGAAGAACUAUCGGACUUCAAACGGUAUCGCCCAUGUGUCAAUACUGAGUCCACCUACGGCGGUUUGCAGUACUCCAGAUCUUUUCCGUUGGUAAAGAUUGAUCCUCAACAAUACCCUGAAAUGCCAGCGUUGAAGUCGCAGCUAUUGAAACGACUAAAAGAAACACAUCGCGAUGGACUUUGUCAGCACGCUUCAAUUCAACUUGACUCCAUCGUGUCGUCUUUGCCGUCAGACAAAUGCGAUUGUUUCCCAGCCUCCGGUCUACCUGUUCACCAGUCCAAGCCUACAACCGAGCCUCGAUAUUGGUGUAAUAACCACGGUUACUAUUGUCGCCAUUGCGGAGCACGUUACUUUUGGCUCUACCAUAACGAUUAUAUCGUCCUUCGUGUUUCAAUUCAUUUAGCAAACACAGGUGCGGACAGCAUGGGCUGGCUUUCGAACAUCACAUUUAAUACGGAUGAGCACCCUAUUCAUCCCACCUUGAACGAAAGUACUAAGGGUGUUCUCUGGUGCACUGAUCCGUCAUGUGGCACAGGUUGUGGAAAUCGUUGGCUAUUGAUGGUGGAGAUCCUGAAAAGGGUUUCACUUCGACGUUUUGAGGGAUACCACGAGGUUCCUCCGCGGGACCAUUCUUUUGCGGCCAAUUUGCCUUACACGCUGGAAUAUCAAGUGUUUCAGAAUGCGGCAGGCUGGAUGACGAGGCCGGUUAUGCUAUCCCUUGACCUUCUUUUCCCAAUAACCACCAAAGUUGUGUAA